AUGUCGAGUCAACAGGCGCCUUCGCUCGACGCGAUGGCGCAGGCUGAGGCUGCGGAAGCAAGCGGCAAUGGCACCCCAGUGCCUGCCUCCCUGGAGGUCGAGGAGAACCAGGACUCACGAUCGACCUCCUCCGCAAGCUCUCCCCUCCCGGCCGAGUACGAGGAAUCCGACUUCUACCACAACGGCAACGACUCCGAGUCCUCCCUCGGCGUCCCCAACCUGCAGGACAUGCAAGUCACCGAUGCUUACGAGUGCCUCACCCCGGUGCAACGCCUUCCCAACGAGAUCCUCAUCCAAAUAUUCGCCAAGCUGUCUGCUGCCACAGACUUGCGUAAUGUCAUGCUCACUUGCAAGCGCUGGUCCAGGAAUGCUGUAGACCUGCUCUGGCAUCGCCCGGCUUGCACCUCGUGGCCCAAACACGGUCUGAUUUGCAGCACUCUCAGCCUCCCACAGCCUUACUACGCCUAUGCUGAUUUCAUAAAACGCCUCAACCUGGCUUCGCUCGCCGAUGGAGUUAAUGACGGCAGCGUCAUGGCCCUGGCUGUCUGCAACCGCGUCGAGAGGCUAACCCUUACAAAUUGCAAGGGCCUGACCGACGGCGGCCUGAUCCCACUCGUCACCAACAGCUCUCACCUGAUGGCUCUUGAUAUCUCGGGCGACGAAGAAAUCACCGAAGAGUCUAUCAAGGUCAUUGCCGAGCACUGCAAGCGCCUGCAGGGCCUGAACAUCUCCAACUGCACAAAGAUCUCCAACGAGUCCUUGGUCCUCCUCGCCGAGAACUGCAGAUAUCUCAAGCGGCUCAAAUUGAACGACUGCAGCCAGAUGGCUGACGAGGCCGUACUCGCCUUCGCCGAGCACUGCCCCAACAUCCUCGAGAUUGACUUACACCAGUGCAAGCUCGUUGGCAACGCCCCUGUCACUAGUCUCCUCGCCAAGGGGAACUCCCUUCGUGAGCUCCGGCUCGCAAUGUGUGAGCUGGUGGACGACAGCGCCUUCCUCUCUCUUCCCUCAGGUCAGGUCUUUGACCACCUCCGCAUCCUCGAUCUCACUUCCUGCGCCAGGGUCACCGACCGCGCUGUCGAGAAGAUCGUCCAGGCCGCUCCUCGGCUCCGGAACCUCGUUCUUGCCAAGUGCCGCAACAUCACGGACCAGGCCGUCUUUGCCAUUGCGAACCUCGGCAAGAACCUGCAUUACGUCCACUUGGGUCACUGUGUCAACCUGACCGACGAAGCUGUCAAGCGUCUGGUCCACUACUGCAACCGUAUACGAUACAUUGACCUGGGCUGUUGCCUGAACCUGACUGAUGAGUCCGUCACCAGACUGGCUGUUCUUCCGAAGCUUAAGAGGAUCGGCCUCGUCAAAUGCAGUAACAUCACCGAUGUGUCCGUCUAUGCGCUUGCUAAGGCCAACCAGAGACUCCGCCAACGCAGGGACGCAGACGGAAGGAACAUAGGAGAGCCCUAUUCCAGCGGAAGCAGUCUUGAACGAGUCCACCUUAGCUACUGCACACAGCUGACCCUAAAGAGCAUCAUCAAGCUUCUCAACUCCUGCCCCAGAUUAACACAUCUCAGUCUCACGGGCGUACAGGCUUUUCUAAGGCAGGACCUGGAACAGUUUUGUCGCGACGCGCCACCUGAGUUCACAGACCACCAGCGGAACGUAUUCUGCGUCUUUUCUGGGCAAGGCGUGUCCAACCUGCGCCGCCACCUCAACACCGACUCGGCGUUUGCUCACCUCCGUGACGGAACACCGACAGGAUUCCCACGCCAUGCUCAAGUCGCAUCGAACUUCGCACCUUAUCCCCCUCCAGGGCAUGGUCAUGCCGAUGCCGGUUUCGACGAGCAAGAAGGGGACGUUGUUGACGACGACGAUGGCCUCGAUGAUGGAACUGAGAUGGUCAUCGACGCGGCACCUCUCGUGGGCCCAAAUACAGGCGUUGCCGGCGCAAGCCUCGACGCCAGCAUAAUUCCGCCCCCUCCUCCAGCGCCGCCUCAGAUACCGUCAAUGAUGUGGCAGCCCCACAAUCAACAUUGGCCACCAGGAGUAUCACAUACAAACGGUACCCUUCCGGCAGCAGGGCCAGGGACCACAGCGCCUGGCUUCCAAAGCCCAGAUGUGACAGAUGCUAUGGACAUGAGCCCUGCACGGCCGAGCGCCAGCACUGCUCCGCUUCGACUCGAUGGUCCCGCCAGUGCCGCACACUUACGAGACCACAUGGACGGUAGUGAUAAUGGUGGUGGAUCGAGUCGGAGCAGCCCCGCCGCCCCAUAA